AAGCUGCACCAGGGAGACACCACCUGCCACGGCCUUCUGGAUGUUUAUUACGAGAGAUGACGUUUCGGAGAACGACGACGACGCACAGCCGUCUGGCGUGAUCAAUUCUAAUACGGGGGGGGCGAGGGGUACAGCGUCAUCGUGAGCCACUUCGUUGCCCAGCCCGUUGAGUGGCGCGCCACUUUUUCUCGUCGGUGACGCCGCCGCCGCGCCCGCCGCGCACGCAGUUGUGUAUCCUCCGGGGUAGAGUGAUCCAGUCAUCGACAGCAGUAGAGCCUCACCAGCGCUGGCACCAACAAGCACAAGGAGGCACACAACGACUAUGACGAACCCCAAGCUAGGAUCCUGGGAUUUCGCUGUCCACUGCUGCUGCUGUCGGCAUCUAGGUUUCGUCCGUUGCGAUAGGGAGGGUUGCCUGGAGAACAUGUGUAUACCCCGCUGCUGGUUUACUGGUGUACGUACAGCUUGCCGUUGGCGGUCUUGAAUAGCGCCGGCAGUAGGCACCUGUUCUGCGUGCGCUCCGUGCUACACACAACGACGAGAUAGUCUUUGGGAAGUGGUUGAUGGGGAGAAUUGAAGAGGGAGAGAAAGAGGUGCGACGCGCCACGGCGGGGGGAGGAAGGAGGAGGGUGGAACGUGAUUGUCUUGAUGUACGCAAGAGGGCGGCGCUCAGCUACCGCACUAGCGGACAGGAAGAGAUAGAGCAAGGAGCUUGGUUGUGGAGCGCUAGUCGCUUCGAUCGGAUGGCAGCAAGCAGCAGCAGCAGCACAAGCAGCAGGAGCGAUGAAGUGUGGCAUCGGCGGCUGUGGGGCAGCGUCGUUGGUUCCAGUCGCGGACGCUCGAGCAACGCUCUGAGCUUUCUCGAGCGAUCCGAUAGAUCGACAGAUAGCCCCACCGUGGCAGCAGCGACAACUAACCCUUGGCCGGUCGGAUUCGUGCCGCCCCAGGGCACAAAAUCCAACCGUACAACGGGAUGGUCGCAGUCGUACACCCCUUACUUGCCCCGCACCUCGGCUUUGGCGUUCUUGGAGAGAGCUCCAGGUAGGGCUAGGGGUAACAACAUCGUUGGUGGAGCAGGGGCGGAAGAUGGGCUGGGCACCCUAAGCGGGGGGAUGGUGGCCGCUGGUGCUGAUCGAGGGGGGUUCUUGCCAAGGCCAUACGACACGGGAAGCGAGUGUUCUGACGCAGAGGAGGACAGCGACAUCUGUCCCUCCAUGCUCUACAGCUGCUUCCCGUGCUUCAACUGGUCCAGGCGUGGCAAGCGACGGCCGGCAGACUUGCUCGACGGCGGCUUGGCCAACAGCGUAAAGAGGGAGUCUCGGGCGCAGCUAAGCCUUAGCACUCCGCUGCUUACCGAGCAGCCCCCGUCGCCGACGAAUUUCCCCACGGACGUUAAGUUGAUCGAAGUGGAGGUGGAGUCGGCCAGAAAUUUACCCUUGGGCGAAAGAGUAAACAUGGCCGACUUGGCUGGAACGUACGCGAUCCUCCGCAUAACUCCCGUGCAAGAAGGGGUCGGGGAGCAGGUCAAUCAGACUUCGUUAGCCACCAGACCCGUCAACCCAAGCUGGGGAGGGCGUGAGACGUUCACGUUCUUCGUGACGGACGUUGCCGGCUCCAAGGCCUUCUUGUCGCUACAGCUUUUGUACCGACCGCUCCGACCGCCACCGGCCCCGCAACCGCUGCAGCCGCCGCUGCCAUUGCGCCGGGGUGCUUCGGAGGCAAGCCUUGCAUCUGUCUCCUCUGGGAGUCGCCAUGGGGACGUGACGAUCGCGGAGGGCUUCGUGGACUUGCUUGGGCUUUUCUCUCUUGUUGAUGGCACUUACACGCCCGGAACGAUGAAGGGAAACGCUAGACGAGUGGCCGUACCCAUGAGAGAGCCCAAGGGGAAAAGACGUACCAGGUGCUCGGUGAUGCUGGGUCUGAGAUGUCGCAGAGUGAACGAGACCAUCGAUACGCGAGAGGAUAGAUUGUACGAGUAUGAGCGGUGGACGCGUGUGGCCGGAUGGAGCACAGCGGGCAAAAAGAGGGCCGGAAAAUGGAGCACGCUGGACGGAAGCGUUUUGAGCGACAAUUUUGCGGACGUGGCACCCGGUGUGGGAGAAGAUACGGAGGUGGUCCUCCCGUGGUGCCCGUUCGGAGGAUGGGAGUACUCUAGAGGGGAGGAGACGCCCGCAUCCGCUGGGAACACCGGCACGAGCGAGGCGGGCGGUGGACGACGAGACGAAUUUGCCCCAAGCUUGGGUGCCCAAGAGUGGGAAAAUUUUGCCGUCGCCCAGAAGGGCGCGGUGUGGAUGGAGGGCUAUGUCCAGGGAGACCAAGCCGUGAGACGCAGGCUGUGGCGACGGGUUACAGCGGCGUAG